AUUUGAUUCACACUUUCAAGUAAAAGUAACUAAUAUAAUUAGAUUGAUGCACGCUAAAAUAGUGUGGACCAAGUUCAAACAAGACUUUCUCUAUCUCAUAUCUCACAACCCAAAGUAUCCUCACAAAAACAUACACCUUACUCUAAAACCGAACCCGAUUUAACUCGACAUAAAAAAAGACUAACAAUUAUGUAUAAACCAACGUAGACACAAGACACUCGAUCUUUAAUAACCUGAAAUCGACAUGAUAACCCGAAUAGACAUCUCAAUAAACAAUGCUUAUAUAAACUCACUACUCAUCACUUAUUACUCACAAUACCCACCUCCCAAAUCACCAACAAUGAAAUUGCAUCACACCAUUCUUCUCUUAAUACUCCUAAUCACCCCACUUACACUAAAUGUUCAUGGAGCAUCAUCUACUUGCAAUCCACAAGACAAAAAAACACUAUUAAAGAUCAAAACCCAUUUUGGCCCAAAUGCCUUAACCUUAUCAAAUUGGGACCCAAAAACAGAUUGUUGUCUAUGGCAAUCUGUGGGUUGUUUCAAUGAUCAAGCCCCAGGAAGGGUUAGUGUCCUACAAUUCGACGACACUGGAAUAUCCGGUGAUAUUCCGGUGGAGAUUGGGGACUUACCUUACUUGGAUACACUUGCAUUCCAAGCCCUCAAUCUUACAGGGUCUAUACCUGUUUCCAUAACUAAACUUACUAGACUACAAGAGUUGGAUAUUUCUACUACUAGCUUGAAGGGUCCUAUCCCUUCUUUUUUGGGACAGAUUAAGAGCCUUUUGAAACUUCAGCUAUCUUCAAACCCUUUUUCUGGGUCUAUUCCCUCUUCUUUGGGUUACCUUCCUAACCUUUACACACUUGUUCUUGAUGGAAACAAACUAAGUGGUCCAAUUCCAGAAAGUUUUGGAUCAUUCAAGACUCCUUUGGUUUUAUUGGAUCUUUCCAAUAACAUGUUAUCAGGUACAAUCCCAAAAUCUUUGGGUAAGUUGAAUAUAUCAACCCUAGAUCUAUCCAACAACAAACUUACAGGGGAUGCCUUAUUUUUAUUUGGGAAGAACAAGCCUUUACAACAAAUUAGUUUAAGGCAAAAUCAGUUCAAGUUUGAUUUUAGUAAAGUUGUAAGACCAUUAGAAUUAGCUUCUCUUGAUAUUGCUUUUAAUCAAGUUUACGGGUCUAUCCCAAGAGAGUUUGGACAGUUUCAUGGAUGGACUUUAUUUAAUGUAAGUUAUAAUCAACUAUGUGGGAAGGUCCCUAAAGGUGGAAGAUUGAAACAAUUUAGUGUUUAUGGUAUGGCCCACAAUAAAUGUCUUUGUGAUGCUCCGGGGUUACCUACUUGCAAGUAGUUUUGAGUACAUGUUAGGCUGAGGGACGCCAAGAACGAGAAGAAAAGGUAAUGAGAAUUGAAGUCAGGAUUUUAUAAAAAUAUGGUACAUAAUUGCAAGUAGUUGAGUCACAUAUGUUUUUUGUUUGUUUUUAGUGUACACAAUUGACUUUAGUUGAUUGUGAGAAUAUAAAUAAAAGUGGGUUGAAUAUAUUUGGCAAAGUGUAAUAAGUUUAAAAUCGUUUUUUAAUUUUUUGUAUUUUAUGUAUGAUAUGAUGUACUAGGAUUUAUGUAUCACGUUAUUUCAAGAUAUGAGGGAUUUUCAAAUUAUUGUUGCUA